UUUCUCAUUAUCUAUGAAAAAAAUAAUUUUUUUUGGUUGUUUGAUUUUAAUCGCCAAUGUUCUUGCGAUACCAGUUGGCAAUGACGAACAUGAAAUAAUGCGAAAUGUUCAUAUGAAAUUAAGUGAAAAAACAAGUACCGAAUUUUGGUUAAAAGUUGCUUUGACUGUAUUUUUGGUUUUAAUAGGCGGAUUAUUUGCUGGAUUAACCCUUGGACUGAUGAGUUUAGAUGAGACGAAUCUUCAUAUUCUUGCUUCAUCAGGUGACCCGAAACAACAGAAAUAUGCUGCAAGGAUUCAGCCAAUUAGAAAAAAUGGUCAUUUGCUCUUGGUUACACUUUUACUCGCAAAUGUAAUAGUCAAUGAAACUUUACCAAUUGUUAUGGAUGAUGUUUUAGGUGGAGGUGGGAUAACUGCCGUUUUAGCUUCAACGGCACUUAUUGUUGUGUUUGGAGAAAUUAUUCCUCAAUCCGUAUGUUCUCGUUAUGGUCUUGCUGUUGGUGCUUUCUUCGCUUGGCCAGUUAGAAUAUUGAUAUGGUUGACAUUUGUAUUUUCAUAUCCGAUAGCAAAAUUGUUAGAUUGGGUUCUUGGAGAAGAUCAUGGAAUUAUUUAUCGUCGUGCUGAACUUAAAGAAUUAAUUAAAUAUCAUGAAUCAUCUGAACGUGGUGGUGAUUUAAUGAAGGAUAGUGUUACUAUCAUACGGGGUGCACUUGAUUUACAAGAUAAAGUUGUUGAAAAUGCAAUGACACCAAUUGACAAGGCAUACAUGAUAUCUAUUGAUAGCAUAUUGGAUAGAAUCACUAUAAGAGAAAUUUACACAACUGGACACUCACGAAUUCCUGUUUAUGAGGGAUCGCGAGAUAAUAUCUUGGGCGUACUGUUGGUUAAGUCUUUGAUAAUGCAUAAUCCAGAUGACUCAAAACCUCUGAGAGAUUGUAAAAUAAAUAGCAUUCCAACUGUUGAAGCCAAAACACCGUUGUUUGACAUUCUUAACACAUUUCAAGAAGGAAAAAGUCAUAUGUCAUUAGUAUUUAAAGAAGGAGUACCAGUUGGAAUAAUUACAUUAGAAGAUGUACUUGAAGAAUUAAUUCAAGAAGAAAUUUAUGAUGAAUCUGAUGUAAGAACAGGUUUAGCAGUCAAAUUGGAAACCGGAGGUCAAUUGAUUUUAUCUUCAAAGAGAAAACGUACGUCAUCCCUUAAUAAUAAUAAAGGUAAAUUCAAAAGUUCGAGUUCGCAUCCCCUAACAAGGGCAAAUACGGAUACCGCUAUAGAUCCUAAAAUUGAUAUGAUUGGAGAUACUUCGAAAAACGAUAAUGAUCUGAUUAUUUUUGAUGAACCUGAACAUAAAGAUUAUAAUCAUUGAAAUCUAGUUGGUUUAGCUAUUUAUUAUAUUAUUGUUAUUAUUUAAUAAAUUCCAAUUGUAUUGCUUAAUGAAAUAUAUGAUGAAUAUUUUAUUAAUAUAUAAAUGGAUCUCGGUGCUUAUAGGAAAUUUAAUUAAUAGAGUAAAUAUCAUGUGUUCGUUUAUUAUGUUGCUAUAUUAGUCUAAAAUCAGAAGUGGACGUUAUUGGUUAUUUAUCUGAAAUCACGUGAAAAUAGAUUUCAUAAUUCCAUAAGUUUACGAAACUAACUAAUAAAUGGGAAUACCGGAAAAUGUUUUUCCGAUCAAAAAAAAAGAUAUUUAUUGUGAGGCGUGUUAUUGUUUGAACGAAAAAUAUCUGGCGUAAGAUCACAAGGAUCAGUCAAACAAAUAAAGGUAAAUCAAAAAAAAAAAU